GAGCAGCCUGUUAUUGUUGUUGUUGUCAUUCUGACGGCCCGCCAUAAUCUACGUCUCUCCACUCGGGUUAGAUAUAAGCAAAAUAUUUGUGUUUAUAUUUUUGUAGAGUGUGUUUUGUCAGUAAGUAAAAUACUUGUAAAGCUUAGCGAGACUGUAUCCAUGUCAGUGGAACAAGCCAUGCUGAUGUCAGAGAUUUUUCCUCUGCCCUCCACGGUGGGAGGAUCUCUGUGCGUUGAGUCACGCAGCUGUCAAAGAUAGCUGUCACCCAGUUUCAGGAUCAAACACACACAGUCAAUGUGAAAAGGGCUUUGAGCCGACAGGACGCAGAGAUCUCAGGUAACCCCCCCCUCUCCUCCUCAAGUCUCCAAACCAGGACGACCAAAAGAGGAGAAAGAAGGAAUCCAAAAAAACGGGGGAAAGACGCGAGUUUUUGAUGAAUAAGGAUUUUCGCAUAUUCGGAUACACGCUGGGGAUAUCUGGAGAAAAGAAAAACACUACAGGGACACAAAAGCAGUUUUCUUCGGUGCUUUUACGGGGAAAAGUGGAAUUUUUCUUACGGAGAUGAAGACGAAAAAAGGUAGGUUUGACUGCUUAGAAGAAAAAAUCGGUGAGAUUUUGGAAGAAUGACAGAGACGACUAUUAAGAGAGCGUUUCCCCCAUAAGCAAACCAUGCAGUCUAUUGUUUCCUUUCCAGACAUGACAGGGGGCUUUUUCUGCCAUGUGCUGGCGCGAUGUCAAAAGUCAAUAUAGCUAGGUUUGUUCGUCAUAUUUUAAUGAAAUACUUACGUUAAGUCCGAGUUUUCCCUCAAUAACAGGCUGCUGUUUCGCCAUGUGUUCUGUGUUUUGUCUCUCGAUGAAUUUAGGCGACAUUAAGGUCUCGAAAAAAACGUUAAAAGUAGAUGAAAAACGACGCUUCCUUUUAGCUAAUUAAACGGCGCACGCGACAUUUGUGUCGAAGUUUGACCAGAGUGCGAAGACAGGUUAAAGUUUGGGGGCUAUUGUGAGUCCCAGAGUUUGAAAUGUUACAAUUUCAGAACGUGCAAGUUUCAAAAAAUCGAUAUGUUACACAUUUUCACAGUCUGUUACACGAGGAAACACCUCGAGCUCUUUUUUGUUGUGUCCAAAUCCAAAUGUGGGCUAAUGUUCAUCCUGACCUCAUUGUGGGAAGUUGCUGUUGCCUUGUUACAUUCAUGGACCUCGUGGUGCAGCGCGCACACACAAUAGAAAAGCCCUUACAAGUUGGUUAAACUCACAAAAAACACUGUCUUCGUGGCGUUGAAACGUGUAUUCUGCCCACUAUGUUACAAGUUGAUGUUUUGGAGUUAGUUUACUUUAUGGCGAAGUCGCUGUUUGCGUUUAGAAACUUUUGAAAUGCAUACAAAGAAGCACGCAGCCCUAGAUUCUUUUGUUUAGUCUGGAGACGCUGAUUUGCAACAGGUCUCCCCUCCCCCUUCCCCUCUCUCCAGCCUACGUAAUUACCUCAUCCUGUUGGCCGCUCAGACUUGGGAACUUUCUUAUUCCUUUCCCACUAGUUUUAUCCAAGGCAGACAGCACUAGAUUAAAUCUCCUCCUAAAUUAAGCAUUUUCUUAAUAGGAUUUGGUCUGCGUGCAAUGCCAGUUCCUCACGAACAUACAAAAAGUGAUUCAAACAUCACAUAAAUGUAGAGAGAUCUGCAUCCUUUUUAUCUAUGACUUAUAUUGAUGGAUCCCUACUUUUCUAAGUGUGAACAAUUUCAUAAAAAUAUGUCUGAAAAAGUGAUCAAAGUAGUUGUAGGGUUGUUUUCUCAUGCUUUAACAUGUGAAAGUAGGCUAAUUCAAAGGGUUUAAAUCCUGUUUGAUCAUGAUUGACUUUGAUAAGACAUGCCUGAAAUUAAAAAGGAAAGCAACUCUGUAAUCUCUGGGAAUGCACAGUGACGGUUCCCCAAAAUAAAAUCUCCAUCUAUCGUGCAGUGAUUGUUCUUGUGGUCAGCCAAGUGUACCUUACUUAUCCAAGCAUGCAAGGUGUGCUUUUAGUCUGUACAGUAGACCUGGCUUGUAUUUGUUGAGGCAGGUUUUAUAACUGCCAGAGCAUCAGACCAGCCUUUGUGACGUCCCCCCCUCCCUCCUUCCCUCCCUCCACGGCUCCCUCCCCCUCCUCCUCACACCCUCCCUGGCUCCUUAUAUGAAUCACAUGGCUGAACUUGACAGCUUGCUUCUGACACAUCAGCUGCCUCCCAGACAGCUUGUGUUUGGUGAGCGGCUGCGGCAAAGCGGCUGGGAGCUCGACAAUAGUUUGGCUGACAUAAGAGGGAUACACAUUGUUCUUUGUCCUUUUCUCAAGCACUCUCUUUUCCUCCUUGCUCCCGCUGGUUUCGCGCAGGUUUGAUGAUGCUGUCAGGUAGCGAGACAGAUGACGAGGACAGCGUGGACGCCCCCCUGGAUCUAUCCUCAAGCGCAGGAAGCAAUGGGAAGAGGAAACGGCGAGGGAAUCUGCCCAAGGAGUCCGUUCAGAUCCUCCGGGACUGGUUGUAUGAGCACCGAUAUAACGCUUACCCCUCUGAGCAGGAGAAAGCCCUCCUUUCCAAGCAGACGCAGCUCUCAACACUGCAGGUACACACACAGAAAAAAAAAACAACACCCCUUGAGAGUUCACAGAUCACCGUAAAAGUAGAUGAAGCAAGUGUCAGCCUGACUGAAUCACAUCCUUUCUCAAAAGCUCACAAAACAUGACACAUAAGCAGAGAAUUGAAGGUCAUCCAAAGCAGCUUGAUGUUGCAACUUUGAAGCCUGAGACAACGUGAGUAAGCUCACUCCCUGUGCAGUGCUGUGGGCUUGGCUGAGGCACUCGGACAGGAAUUUCCCUCCCUCCAGCCCCUUUCCAUCCCAGCUGUCUGGGAACAAUGCAGAGUCAUUUACAGGGUUAGAGCUCCCUGAGCCAGUUACAACUAGCCUGCAGGACUGAGAAAGAAAGGAGAGAUGGCGGUGAUUACUGCAAUAAGAUGAGUGAUAACCGAAAAUUAUUUUAAAGAAAGGAAUCCAAAUUUGACAUUUUCAUAAGAAGUCAAUUGCUGUUUUAAAUCUCUUCUGAUAAGCAGGAAAGGCCAAUAGUUUGAAAUAUAUAGCCUCAGGUUAAAUAAUGUAUGAUGGGUGUUGUUGUUUACCUUUUUGAAUUUGACUGAGUAAGCGUAUCAGACAUUCUUUCAAAGGGAGAGCAUCAGUGAACCAUGUGACAUUAAAACAGCAUGCGUUUUUCUCGUUGUUGCCUCCAGGUGUGCAACUGGUUUAUCAAUGCCCGGCGGCGACUUCUCCCAGAAAUGCUGAGGAAAGAUGGCAAAGAUCCCAACCAGUUUACCAUCUCCAGGAAGGGCAGCAAAGCCGGCGACAGCUUCUCUGACAGCUCCCAGUCGCCUAAACACUGCAGUCCAGCGGCGGGCACAGAGGAGAGCUACGACAAACGCGUCCUCCACCCCUCCAGUUUUGAACCAGCUGUGUCCGGCGUCCUGAGGAAAGCCGUUUCCCCUUCCAUACCCUCUCCAACCUCUGUGUCCCCAUCUCCAGGGAUCAUCCCCACCCGGCCUUCAGUCAUCUGUCACACUACUGUCACCACAGCGAUACAGGCCCCUCCCUCUGUGCCGGGAAUGAACUGCGACAGGGCGGAGGAGCUGCUGCAGCAUGCACAGGCACUGCUCAGGUGCAGGGAGGAAGUGCCGCUUUCUACCACCAACACCGCCACCGCCACUACCACCAUCCUCAGCAGCACCGGCAUGGAGGGCAACCUGAGCCCCCGCAGCGGGCUCUUCAACACCCCUCCCCCCACCCCUCCAGACCUAACACAGGACUUCAGCGGCUUCCAGCUCCUGGUGGACGUGGCUCUGAAACGGGCUGCAGAGAUGGAGCUGCAGGCAAAACAGCUGGUCUCCUAAAAAGGGACAAAGUGACACAAAAAAGCGACGAAGGAGAAGAAGAAGAGGAGGGAAAAGAGACUGACUUUGUGUCUCUGACUGUGGAACUCUCCCUGAGUUCAGUGACUUGUCUGCACGCGACAGAGAACAAACACAUAGACGCCUGAUCAUUUCUAUUUUUGGUAAACCAAUCAAAUUGAUGAGGAUGUUUUUUAUGGAGAAAAAAAAACAAACUGUAUCGAGGUGCCUUGGCUGUAAGUUGUUUAUUCAUUUCACAUACAUGCGUAUGUUUCUACAUGUGUAUCUUAUUUGCACACAGGGACCAAAAAAAUGUUAUCAGAGAAAUGCUGCCUGUCUUAUGUCUUUCCAUUUUACUGUGCAUCAUCAUUAGAGAACUAGAAUCAGCCCUCACCCACACACGUUUACUGUCACACAUUUCACAGAUCAGUUCAUGCUUGGUCUGCCUUGUUUGUUUGCACACUAACGGCAGAGGAAGGUCAUCUCAGUGUCUUAAACAUACUUUGCUCUUGGCAUCUAUGACAAACUUAUUCACUACUGUAGAAAAUGUUAUGUGUUUUCAUGAGUAUAAGUAUAGUUUUGACUUUGUAUUUACUUUUAGCUAUUUUUAAAAAGAAAAAAACCUCUAUGCUUUUGUUUUUUUACUCUUUUUUUUUCCCAUCAAGGGAUAUUUCAGAUGACCAAUGUAGCAGGUUCUUAGUCUGAGCCUUCAUCCCAAUAUCACUCAGCGGGGGAAAAAAAAAAACAAUGGCCAGUGGACUGGAAAAUGAAAACACUACAGAUGUCUUUUUCUGCAUUUUGCUGUUUUUCCAGACAGCAUUUUUUUGAAAUCACCAAAAACACAUUUUCAUGUAUAAUAGGACCAUGUGUAUAGUUAAUGUGACACCAUGCCCAAUGAUGUGAUUUCUUUUCGUACUGUGCAAUGUUUGUGGCAAAAAGGGGUCACAUGGGAUUCAAAUAAAGUUUUGUUUUUCUACAUCUCA